UUACGGUCCGCGGUCAUUUAUUUAGAAAAUAAAAGCUUUUUUCUGAAUUAAUUCGCUGUUUAUUUGGAUGCGCGGCCUACGUAUUAACGGCAUAACGUCACGAAAUAACUCCAGCCUCGUAUAAUAGCUUUAGUGAGCUUCAAUAUUGCUGCGGUGUCGUCGGCUAUUUUUGUUUUGUAGCUCCAGUUUCAGUAUAAAUAUUGUUUUUAGUGUUGAAAUGCAGUGAUGGUUUUUUUUUUAGUUAGAAUCUAGUUGCAAUCGGUGGACCGUGAAAACGUUGCAGCCAGUGUUUAAAAAAUCACUUUCGAAAUUUUAUUUAGCUAACAUUUCGUCGUGACAAACGUAACUUAACAAUCUCUUAGUCUUCUAUUAAGUGCCAAAUCGAAACGAGUGCUAAAAUUCCAUGAAAAGUGAAAAUAAAAACUACAACAGUGAAUUUAAAUUCGAAUAGUUGUUAAAAAAAAAAUUUGCACCUUUAUUUUGUGCCAUUUACCAAGUGUUUUUCGACUGAAUCUAAAUGGCACUUUUGCCCGUGAAAUUGCCAGUUUUUAGUUUGAAAAUAGAAUGAGGAGGGUUUUUGGAGUUUGCUCCGACAGUUGGCUGCUAUGCGGACAGAAUGGCUCCCCACACGGCUCGGUGAUGUCGUGCCAGUCGCUGGCGGCGCGCGCCUUCGUCGAACCGGACAAGGAGGCCAUGACGCACUGCGCGGCACUGCACAGAUCAGUCCGCUUCAGCUCAGAGUCCCGAGGGUCCACAAGGAGCGGUAAUAAUGAGCAGGAUACGAAGAGAGAUGGUCCAGGCUCGAUGUCCCUGACCACGCUCGCGGUCACUCCCGUGUCUCAGAUGAGCCAGUCCGCGCCUGCGUCCGCGGCUAACUUCGAUAUCGCCGACACGACCGCUCCGUCGCCGGCGUCGUGCCGUUUCCCCAAAUUGGAGGAAUGCGCCCACUUCCACUACGAGAGGGUCUCGCUGGGGGGGCUCAGCGUGGAGACGGUGCCGUGUCCAGAAGAGAAAUGUGAUCCUGAUGAAGGCUGGGUGUGCCUCAAAGUCCGCUCACACGUGAACUCCACUUGCGACGACACGGUGGACCCCCGUUCACUGAGCUCGAGCUGGAGCGAGGCGGCUCCCGUGGGGGAGUGGACGCUCACCAGGAACAAGGCGCAUCUGCUGCAGCUGGACGACAUGCUGCACAGAUGCAUAUAUGACCGAAAAGUAUCCGGUCUGCCCAACCUCACUGAGAAAUUGACACCACAGCUACUGCAAGACGACGCUGAGUAUAACAGGCUGAUAUCGCACUACGUUCACCACCUGUCUAUCAUUGCGGACGAUUCCAUCAAUUGCGGGCCGGUGCUCAACUGGCUGCAGAUGGAUAACAAAGGACACAAGUUACUCGUCGCGAAUGAAGACUCCAGUUCUAUAAACACGCCGGCGGUGGCGGCCGCUUAUUCCGUACGGAAAUACGUUUCACAGGCUCGCGACGAGAUAUCCUUCGAAGUUGGGGACAUGAUAUCGAUCAUAGAUAUGCCUGGUCCCCAGGAGUCGCUGUGGUGGCGCGGCAAGCGUGGGUUCCGCGUGGGUUUCUUCCCCCACCACUGCGUCGCCGUCAUCGGUGACAAGGUGCCCAGGCACAUGACCCAGCCGCCACCCAUCGUGGGUUCCGUAGCUGUGGCACCGAUAAAACCCGUUCUUCGUAAGCACGGCAAGCUGAUCUCCCUGUUCCGAAGCUUCAUACUGUCGCGACCUUCCCGCCGGAGUCUCAAGCAGCAGGGCAUCCUCAGGGAGCGGGUGUUCGGCUGCGACCUAGGGGAGCACCUGCUGAACUGUCAGAGGGCAGUACCGCUCGUGCUGGAAGCGUGCGCGGGCGCAAUCGAGUCGCGCGGCCCCGUGGACGGCGUGUACCGCCUGUCCGGGGGCUCCGGCCUCACGCAGCGGCUCCGCGCGGAGUUCGACUCGGGCGCCGCGCCCGACCUCGCGGCCCCGGCCGUCGCCAGGGACCCCCACGCUGUGCCCAGCCUGUUGAAGAUGUACUUCCGUGAGCUUCCAAAUCCGCUGUGCACGUACCAACUGUACGAGAGCUUCGUUCGUGGCGUUCAAGAGCGCGACGAGGCGGCCAAACUGCGCGCCGUGCGGGACACUGUACAUAAACUACCUCCGCCGCAUUACAGGACUCUGGCCUACCUUAUGCGCCAUUUACGACGGGUUUCCUUACUCGGAGCUCAGACGGGGAUGACGGCUCGGAACAUGGCGAUAGUGUGGGCCCCCAACCUGCUGCGGUCGCCCAGGCCGCAACACGCGCUCCAGGGCGUCGCUGUGCAGGCGGUGGUAACGGAAUUCCUGAUCUGCUUCGCCGAGGAGUUGUUCGCGGACGACCAGGGGGCUGAAUCCGGCGAGUCUGGACCUAGCUCGCUCGAUCAUGAGCAUUGUGAAUCUCAAGUUGAGCUUCGCGGCCAUGAGGCGGGUCGCCGCCCUAAGAGCUUACCUCUCAACCCGCCCACUAAAUUGUUGAGCCUGGAGGAGGCGCGCCGCCGCGGCCGGCCGGGCGCCGCGCCGCCCAGUCCCCGGCCUGCGCACGCGCCGGGCUCCCCCGCCGCGGCUGCCAGCACGCAGCUGCGCCCCACCGGCAACCUCAGGCCCAAGUAUAUUGAGGUGGGCUCUGGACCUAACAAUCUACCUCAGUAUCACACCGUAUUGGAUCUACCAUUACCAGGUGCAAAACGCGCCCUUAAACGUUCACCGUCCGGUUGGAGAGGUUUGUUCUCGCGCAACAAGUUGCAGAGAGCGAGACAGCGUCCGGCCGAGACUAUCGCCGCGCCGCUCACACCUACCACUGUAUUGGAGUCCCCACUCCUCUCGUCCGGUCUCCGGCCGGUGAAGUCGUGCGAGAGUCUCAAUUCGGAGACCGACACGCUAGCGCCUCUCGCCAGGACUCCAGCCACGUUGAAACAUCACACCAGAUCAUCAUCGUGCGACUCAUACUUCGAGCCGUGGCAAGCUGAAUUGGCCGAUAUGAGAUUGAGACUGUCUCCACAAGAGAGAGACUUACACAUGUUCAGCGAGGAGGACGACACGCACCAGCACUAUGUGGAGCAACACGACUCCUUGUGUUCCACGCCUCCAGGAUCGGGGCUGUGCAGUGUGGAGCCGAGCCCGAGACGGAACCUCGCCGACAUUGAGACGGACCAGGAGAUAUUGGAGAGCCGUCGCGCCGCCCUGGAGUCGCAGCUGUCGCAGCUGUCGUACAUCGACGGGGAGUCCCCGCGCGCGCGCCCCGCCGCCGAGAAGCGGCACCAGCGCGCGCGCAGCCCCGCCCGGGGGGACGUCGCCAAGAGACUGUGCAAAGACAGAGAUAGUCCGAAAUCUUCAAACUCUGACUUUCAGACUUCACCCGGGAAUGUCAAAAUGAGAGAGCGUAAUUCUCCUCGCAAAACUAAAAACUCAUCUCGAUACAGCGGCAUGCACCAUCCAAUCGCCUUGGACGACAAAAACGUAACCAUCAACUCUAGACUCAGUUGGCACGGCAAAGACAAUCACUCUACACUCAUAAAAGUAGACUGGCCCAUAGAGAAUUCGUCUAUCAGCAACCUUACCACGAGCACAAUAAAUUCUAGUCCCGUUACGCCUAUAACACCCGUCUAUGAUCCACUCGAGAGCGAUUCCGAAGUUAGCGACAACAAUAAACACACUAUUACAAUAAAAAGUUCAAGUUGUAACAAUUGCUGUGAGGAGAAAUGUCUCAAAUGUGAAUUGAAAGCGACUGAUUACGAAAACGUUGCAAAUGAUAAUUUUGCCGAGACACACGGCAGUCUAGAACAUAGUCCAGGCCAUUCGACAGAUGUUAGCUAUCAAAAUUUGAACCGACUAUCCGCCGUGUCAACGUCGUCUAAUUCCGAGCACAAUUCGGACAAAAAGAGGGAUGCCAAUUACGAGAAUUGUGAUCUGAAAGUUAUGACGUCAUCGCACGAAAGUUCAUCCAGCUAUUCCAACAUGAGCCUAACUAAAGAGUACGAGAGCUACAACUUUUCCAGGCCUAAUUAUAUUAAUCUGCAAUCUUCCAGCACUUCUAAAAGCUCGCCUGGUAGUCCGCUAAAAAGUCCGUUGAAAUCCACAAUCAGUAUUACUUUUAGGUCGCCGUCUAAGACCAAAACAGAUUAUGAGACGAUAGAUAAUGUAGAUACGCCGACUAAUGAAAGGGAUUCGGUGUAUGAGGAUAUAGAUUUGGAGAAAAAUCUUUCUAUUGUCGAAGAAGCGCCCGUGCCCGAGUCUGAUGCCAGUCUACCGACACAACAGGCGUGCCAACCUGAAGAUUUCAAUGAAGAUCUUAUCAUUCUGGAAACGCCAACUGAACAGACGAAAUUUGAUGACGAUGUUGAUGUUUAUAGUCAGGUUAAGUUCUUUAAAAAGAGUAUAGAGGAAGUGAACGCGAUGAUUCUCGAGACGCCGGAAAAAGAAGAGAGACAUUACGAGAAUUUAGCGUUCGCCGAAGCGAGGCAAGAAUUUGAGAAUGUCAACGUUGAAACGUUGAAAAUUUGCGAUAAAGAUUUGGAGAUAAAUCAGAUUGACAACGGUCAUAAAGAGGCCGAGAAGGAAAACGGUAAUAUUGUUAAAGCCAAAGUUUCAAAUUUGAACGUGAGAGAAUUAGCGAUAAGGUUUGAAAGUCCCACAGAACAGAAAGGCCCGUUCACAUUCGAGAAAUUCAAAGCGGAGAUCAAAUACCCGACUUUGGAAAGAAAAGACGAGGACAGACAGCAAAAGAAAGAGACGAAGCUACCGCCCCCGGUGUCGCCUAAAACGUACAAAUUAUCCAAAAACUCGUGCAAUGCCAGAUCUCUGGAUGAGAACGCGUUUGUGAAAGAAUUCGGCACUGACAAGAGUAACGUAGACAGAAGAAAGAGUUUAGAAGUGAGAGAUGUCAAGCGGCCGUCGAAAUUUCUGCCCGACCUCAAUCUGAACAUGGAGGAGAAUGUGCACAAAGGUAGCGUUACGCCGAUAACGGAAAACAAGAUAUGUCUGGUCCAACGGCCUAUGGAUAUAAAAAACUUGAUACCUUUCGACGCUGAUAAGAAAUUGAGCAGGGAGAGAAUUGAGAAAUAUAAAGAGGAGAGACGCAACUUCUUACGGGAGAAAUAUAGCAGUCAGUCUUUUAGGAGUAACCCUGAGCAGUUGACCAGGAUAAAGUUAAAGAAAGAAGUGGAAGAGUGCGAGAGGUUGGAUGAGGAUUUGCCGAAGUUCGAGAGGAGGAACACGGUGGAUCUUGGCCAGAGAAUGAGGUUCUCACUGGCCAGGUCAAGUCACAAUCUGGACACGAUACAGUCGCCGAGUAGUCCGGAGAAGAACGGUGGAGGCAGUACGAGUAGAAGAGAGUUAGAUAGGAAAGAGAAAGUGUCACCGUCUUACAACAUUCGAGACAUGGCGGCCAUGUUUGAGCAGAAAUCGUGCAACGGCUCCGGUUGACGUCCGCCGACGACAGUGAUAUAUAAAUGAACAGACACACAAACAAAUAAGUGGGAGAGAACGUCUGUUUUGUUAUUAUUUAAAAGAUUACUCAGUAGUUUUAAGUUAUUGUUCGUUUGGGCAUAUAACACAUUACAUUGAUUUGAAACAAUUAUUUUGUAUAUAACAUGUUAACAGGCAACUGAAGUUAUGACUAAUUAUGAUGAAUUAUUAUGAUUCUAUUUCAAACUUUUAUUCAAAGGAAUUUAAUAAACAUAGGUACUCUAUGUCAAAUGUGAAAAUUAUGAGUUAACAUUUUUUAUUGAAUCAUUUUUUAUCUUAUUAAAUAAACUUGUUUAUUUCGUUCACAAAUUUUGAUGAGGUAUUAUUUAUUUGAAUUUUAAAAAGCCUGUUUAAUGAAUUUAAUAGUAGUUAUUCAUAUAUGCCAUCGAAUACAAUGUGUUAUAUUUCCAAAAUAAUAAGUUAAUUGUUACGUUGACCUAUUUAUUUUUAUACUCUCUUUUUUUAUAUAAUUUUAUUUUAAUAAUUAAACAUCACAACGCUAAAUAACUAAUUACGGACUGUGUAUUGUCUGAAUUAAGAAUAAAUGAAUUGAAUUUAAUAAUAUUUAAUUCAUUUCAUUUGCAAAAUUUUAGUAGCAUGGCGCUAUGACCUUCUUAAAGAAAGGUAUUUAUGGUAAUGUGUUAAAUAUUUCUUAGAGUUUGCAAAAAAAAGUGAUUUCACUAAAGUAGACACAAAAAAUGUCAAUAUAAAGCUUAACUUGUAUGGGUUGGCUAAAAAUAAACAAGUUAUUUUUCGCUUUCAUGAUUUUUAAGAAUUCGAUGAUGUUCAUCGAGGGAAAUCAUAAAUAUAUUACGUCAUCUUGCUACAGUAAACGAGUUUCAUAUUUUAAAUUGUAAAUUUUUAGCGAGCUACGCAUACAGAAUAAUCAUUAUGUUAAAGAAAAGUUUAUAAAUGUAUGUUCGGAAAAUUUUGGAACCUGUUUCCUAGUAAUUUCACAUUAUUUACUAUUCUGACAGCCUGAUUUCCCGAAAUCCCCACCGGUAUCGAACCGAAUGAGAACCUAGAAUCUAGAUAGAAAAAAAUAUUUGAAAUCUAAAUGAUGUAAUCUGCGUGGCAAACCCUUAGUGUUGCCAUAUGAAACAAAUAAAAAAUGCAUUUAUUACUAUAUUUUUAUAAGCGGUAUUAAAUCGUUUAGCGAAUUAACUACAUACACUUAGACGGUUUUGUAUUUAUAAUUAUGGCGUUUCUUGAAAAAACUUGAGUAUGCACGUCACACAACUGACUGGAAACUUCAAUAAAUUCUUUGGCGUUCCGUGUAACAAAACUAAUUAACAUUAUUACCACCAAAAUCUGAAUUGUUCGCGAUGCCCUGAGUAUAAACCUUUUAUUUGGUUGUCAUAACAUGACGCUCCUGCCAGUGAAGGUAUUAAAAUACACUAUUUUUAACAUAAAAUAUUUACAUAGCAUGUAAAUGUUAAUUAUUAUUUAUAAAAAAGGCCUACAAAAUACCAGAAAGUAAAAAAUAACAGAGAAAAGAGAUGAAUGGAUGAAGUUACUCUUAAGUCCACAUACUUACAAGAGAAAGCUCAAAAAGAAGAAAAAAAAUUUGAAUUAUACAUAUUAUAGAGUAUGUUUUUUUUUCUUAACAUUAUUCUCUUUGUAAGCUGUGGUUCACGUUGUGGUGUCACGAUAAAUUACACAUUUUUUAUGUUUUAUAUCAUUAUAUAGUGCGAUACUGUUUCUAAAUCCAGAUAAAUAAAUAAUAAUCAUUUCUUUGGUUUAAGCGGGACCUUUGAAACGCCAUUCAAAACAUAAUUAUAAAUACGAAACUUAAAUAUUGUAAAUAAAAGCACAUUUAUGUAAAAAAUAAUAAACGCUAUUAUACGCAGACAAUAAUAAUUCAAAGUUCGAAUCUUCAAGUCUUCAACUUAAGAGGAAACAGUAAUUAUUUCUUUGUAUAAACGUAUACCUGUCACUAUUUGAAUUUCAAUUCUAUCAUUAAGCCAAAUAGCUGAACGUGGUCAUUCAGUCUUUUCAAGACUAUUGGCUCUGUCUACACCGCAAGGGAUAUAGACGUGACCAUAUGUAUGUAUGUAUAAACGUAUUACACUCAGGAUUUCUAGAUUAUUGGGUUGUGGAGGCAAGACGACAGUCGCUUUGCGUAAAAAAACAGAAAAUCUUGUCAAAGCACCUAGUUAACGAAGUGGACCCUCGAAGUUAUGUACAUUAGUUUGAAUACUGACCGAUGGUCUCAAGGGAAACCAUCGUGAGGAAACCUGCACAUUCAGGCAACUGGAUGUGUAACCAUGAUUCAACACGGGUUAGGUUCCCCUGUAAAGGUUGCGGAGGUCAGACGGGAGUCGCUUCGUGUGAAAACCUGACUCACCCAAUCCAGGGUCCAUGGUCAAAGGCGCACCCCGGGCUCCUCUCCAGAGCGGUGAGGAUGCGACCGGGAUUAAAGCCAGGAGGAAGAAGACUCACUCAAACCUUACGUAAUUUAUAUAGAAUUUGACCACAUGACCUAGAGAUCAUAAGGUUUCAAAUGUAAAGGAACAUAUGUUUGUAUAAAGAAAUGAAUCUUUGAUUUCCAUCUAUUAAUGUAACUUUUCAAAUGUAAAAUUCUUCAUACAAAUUCAUAGCGGUACGUUCCUAUAAAUUUGAGAGUUAAAAUUCCUACUAAAGAUACCUUAAAAAUACUAAAUGAUAAUUUAAUUUAAUGAUAUCGUAAUGUAUUUUCUCCUGACGAUCGAUACGAUCGUAUCGUAUAUACAUUUUUAUGAUUACUAUUUGGGCUAGCAACCUGUCAUUAUUUGAAUAUCAAUUCUAUUAUUAAGCUAAACAGCUGAACGUGGCCUAUCAGCUUUUCAAGACUCAUAGCUCUGUUUACCCCGCAAGGGUAAAACGUGAUUAUAAGUAUAAGGUAUGCAGCAUUUUGUUCUGCAGGUUUUAUAAUAAAAAAGAAUGGACCGCUGUGAUUUGAUUUCAAAGAAUUUGUAUGAAUUUUUUUUAUCAUAACUUCCAUGUAAAUGUGCGAACCAAAACUUAAUGAUGAUAUGAUGAUGCAAAUUAUUUGACAUAUGUACAUACAUAUAGUCACGUCUAUAUCUCUUGCGGAGUAGACAGAGCCAACAGUCUUGAAAAGACUGACGGGCCACGUUCAGCUUUUUGGCUCGAUGAUAGAAUUGAGAUUCAAAUAGUGACAGGUUGCUAGCCCAUCGCCUAAAAGAAGAAUCCCAAGUUUCUAAGCCUACCCCUUAGUCGCCUUUUACGACAUCCAUGGGAAAGGGGUGGAGUGGUCCUAUUCUUUUUUUAUUGGUGCCGGGAAUCACACGGCACAAAUUAUUUUGUUGGAAAUGAACAAAGCUCUGUCCACAAAGCAAAAAAUCGAGACGUGUUUGGUUCACACAUCCACAUACCAGUCUCUGCCAAAUGUUUAUAAAAAUAAGUAUCCAAUGAAUCUCCGUUUUGUAAAUUCGCUAAGAUCCAUAUUUUGUAACGCUAUAAAUUUGAUGUAUUUUUUCGUCUUAGUUUUAACAUCAAAAAUCGAUUUGUUAAUUUUUUUUAAUAAAAAAAAAACAUUCAUCCUGAUCUAGCCAGCGAAAACACAUUGUUUGUUAUUUCUUCACUGGGUUAUCUACUGAAAUCAUACGCAUAGAAUUUCGCGUGUACAUAGUUAAAGAGUCUAUCUAAAUGAGAGAGUCUUAGAAAAAGACAUAGGUGCCCUUUCCCGGUAAAUACUAUAGUGUAAUUUACCCAUAACAACCGCAAUGGUAUGUAAAUGUAAAAUACUAAAAUAAACUUCCAAUUUUGAUGUUAAAACUAUUACGCGUGGAAUCUCAUUGUAAUUAUAAGAAUUUCGUGAACUAUAUAAUAAGCUCCGAUGAAUUCUUAUACCAAUGUUAUAUGAGUAGUUUCAAUCAGAAAUUGAAUGAUUCUAUUUUUAAAAUAUUUGUAUUCGAACGGACUUUUUGAAUUCCGAACGGUGGGCCGGAUUUGACGGGUUUCAUCUUUGUGCAUAGUUCUAAAUUUAAACUUGGGUUGGUGCUUUUAAUUUUUUUUUAUUGUAAUUGAGAUUUUUGCCAGUUUUGUUGGUCAAGAUUUUCAAUUUACUUUGUACAUAAUGUACCUACGUGACUUUUAUGUUUUCUUAUUCACAAUUUUAUAAUUAGGUGUUAUGUCAGCUAUCAAAUACGUAAAUUAUUUGUUGGUCUCUUAAUUUUUUAAAAUAAAUAUAUCUUUGAUUGUUUUUUUCUCUACAUCAAAACAUAAUGAUUAUAUCGAGCCACGUGUUUAUUCCCAACGGGGUAGACGGAGUCAAAUAAAUUUAGACUCCAUCAAUACACUGCCCUAGUCAUCAAAAUUGGAUAAUAAUAUUUUAAGAAGCUCUGUCAUCCGGCCCAAUGUGGGGCUGAUAAUUUUAAAAAAAGAGCUUUAAGCAUCUCCGAUAGAGGGCUAUGCUAUUUGUAAUUUGUAUGUUUAUGUAUGAUACGGUUUAAAUAUUUAAAUUAACAGAUUUACCGGCUUGUAGCGUGUAGCUGACAAAGGGUUAUACACAAUAAAAGUAUUAUAAAAUA